UCAAUCUAUGAUAGAAAGCCUAUAAAUUCAGUGAUCCAGCAGAUAGUUAUUCAGUUUGGAGCUCGUUCUCUCUUAGAAGACAACGAAUCUAGAGAAAGCUAUAGCAUCGGAGAGACCUAUUACUAACAUGGUGAAAGUGACACUGAUCGUUGCCAUUGUGGCUGCUCUUGUUAUCUCAGCUCACGCACAAAGAGAUUACAAUGAACUACGAGGAAAUAAGAAUGGCAGAGAGAGAGGACAAGGUCGCUUUGGAGGAAGGCCGGGUGGAAUGCAGAUGGGUGGAUCGAGGCAAGAUGGUGGACCAAUGGGUGGGAGAAGGUUCGAUGGACCUGACUCUGGUGCCCCACAAAUGGAUGGACGGAGACAAGAUGGUGGACCAAUGGGUGGAAGGAGGUUCGAUGGACCUGGAUUUGGUGCCCCGGAGAUGGAUGGACGGAGACAAAAUGGCGGUCCGAUGGGUGGAAGGAGAUUCGACGGACCUGGAUUUGGUGGCUCCAGACCAGAUGGUGCUGGAGGAAGACCUUUCUUCGGCCAAGGAGGCAGGCGUGGUGAUGGAGAAGAAGAAACUGAUGCUGCCCAACAAAUUGGUGAUGGUCUAGGAGGGCCCGGUCAGUUUGAUGGUCCUGGACGUCGUCAUCAUGGUCACCGUCAAGGUCAUCCUCAGGACCAAGCAGAGGAACAACCGUUUGGUCAGCGCAACGAAAGCAGCGAGGAGGAUGGCCGUCCUCACCCUCACCACCAUCGCCACCAUGGCCGCCACCACCGUCAUCAUAACCACACAGAAGGUCACCAAGGUCAUAAUGAGACGGGAGAUCAAGAUCAGGACAAACUACAUGAUACAAGGCCCUUCCGGUACAACCACUUCGGUAGAAAGCCUUUCGGAGACCGUCCCUUCGGCAGACGCAACCAUACAGAAGGUCACCAGGGUCAUAAUGAGACGGGAGACCACCCCCAUCGUCAUCACAACAAGACCAGAGAUGGAGAUCAGGACAGACCAAUGUUCGAGAUGAGGCCUUUCCGGUUCAACCCCUUCGGUAGAAAGCCUUUCGGAGGCCGUCCCUUCGACAGACGCAACGGAACCGAAGAAGGAUCUCCCAGGCGUGAUGGCCAUCGUCGGCCCUAUGGUAACCGAGGACGUUGGGGUGAGAAUGAAAGUGAGGAGAAGGAGCAUCCAACGACGGAAAGCGUAACGACAUCUUCACCACCUGAAGUGGUCGCAAUCAAUGAAGAAGACAUCAAUGUGGUCGCCGAGGUGUAGAAUUUGUUUUUAAAAUAUUGCUUGUGUAAAUAUAUUGAUAAUAGUCAUCAAUGUCUUUCCUUGGACAGAAUGCAUAUCUUACCAGAGACAGCAGCAUGGAUUGUGUCUAAAAAUUCAGAUACAAGAGACUGAAAGCCAGUGAAAGGUGCAUGAAAAUGCUGACGAAUUAUCAAACUCUUAUUUAUACUGAAUUUUUAUACUAAAUAUAUA